AUGCAAAAAGAAGAUCAUCAAGAACAGCAACACCCAACCGUGGUUGUGGUUCCAUCAUCGACCUCAUUAGGCAGUAAUAAUAAUCAUUCAAACGUUUUUCUUGGCACAAACAACAACAACAACACGGACGUAUCGGUUGGUCAUCUUCAUCAUCAUCAUCAUUCAAAGGAAGAAUCUCAACAACAACAUUCAACAAGCACUAUUCCCUUUAUUUAUCGGGCCACUGACAAUUUAGACGAACUCUUCCAAAUUGUUCAACAACCGUUCAACUUUGAUGAUAUGAGUAUCAUCGAACAACAACUGAAAUCUCUCAAUAGCACCACCACUACCAUGUACAACAACAACUCUCAUAACUCUUAUCAUCUCUAUCCACUCCAAUAUCAGAAAUAUUGGCUCCUCUUUCUCUAA